CCCGUCAACCAACCAACAACAAUUUACACCGUCUUUGCGUCGUCACGUUCUCUCACUCUCAGCAGCAGCAGCACAGAAGCGCGCACUGCUCUCUUGCGACAAUGCCGGUGGCGGCAUCUAGCACGCGCUUCCUCUUGCUCAGUUUGCUGCUGCUGUCGUCGCCGGCGGUGGCGGUGGUGAGGGCGCGGGUGACGGCACUGAUCGUGUUCGGCGACUCGACGGUGGACGCGGGGAACAACAACGCCGUGCCCACGGCGGUGCGGAGCAACUUCCCGCCAUACGGCCGGGACUUCCCGGGCGGCCGCGCCACGGGCCGCUUCUGCAACGGCCGCGUCGCCACCGACUUCUACUCCGAGGCGUUCGGGCUCCGGCCCUUCGUCCCGGCCUACCUCGACCCGGCCUACGGCAUCCGGGACUUCGCCGUCGGCGUCUGCUUCGCGUCCGCCGGCUCCGGCCUCGACGUCGCCACCGCGGGCGUCUUUUCAGUGAUACCCUUGUCAAAGCAAGUGGACUACUUCAGAGACUACAAAGCCCGGCUGGCGGAGCACCUCGGCGCGGCGGAGGCUCGGGCGGUGCUCGCCGACGCCGUCUUCGCCAUCAGCAUCGGCACCAACGACUUCAUCGAGAACUACUUCGCCCUCACGACGGCCCGCUUCCUGGAGUUCACCGUCGGCGACUACACAGACUUCCUCAUCGGCCUCGCCCGUAGCUUCCUCGUCGAGCUCUACGGCCUCGGCGCUCGCAAGAUCGGCUUCACGGGGCUCGGGGCCAUGGGCUGCCUCCCCAUCGAGCGGGGCCGGCGGGUCAUGCUCUGCAUCGAGGAGUACAAUGCCGCCGCGAGGUCGUUCAACGCCAAGCUCCGGGACAUGGUCGACGAGCUUGCCGACAGCCUUCCCGGCGCGCAGUUCCGGGUCGCAGAGGUGUACGGCUUCUUCACCGGCAUCCUGCAAAACCCGGCGAGCUACGGGUUCGUGAAGGCGUCCAGGGGAUGUUGUGGCACGGGGUUGUACGAGAUGGGGUACACAUGCAGCGAGUGGGACGCGCUCACGUGCGCCGAUGCAAACCGGUACGUCUUCUGGGACGCCGUGCACCCCACGGAGCGGGCCAACAAGAUCAUCGCCGAGUACCUCAUGAACACAACCUUCAGCCAUUUCUUGUGAUCUUUUUUGCUUCUUGUAUACACUAAGUGACCAGAAGCAACUAAAGCUUCCGUUUCAAAAAUGAAAUCCUGGCUUCAAAUGGAACUAGUCACUCCGUCCUUCAGCAUAGAAAUUUCUUAGGCACACAUUUAUAUUAUGCAUUUUUGGAGGGAGUACACGUACGUUUAUGUUAUGAAGACAAACGUACACGUUUGUUGUAAGUGUGUAUGGCAAGCUCAGGAGUCUGGAGCAUAUAGCUAGUUUUCCCUUUUUGAGGUAAGGAGCAAUUUUUUCUGAGGAUACUAGCGCAUGCAUCUUAUGGUACAACGAGAGUUUAUUCCGAAGAAGAUUAAGCAUGAUCAAAAUAGGAUAGCAGAUUGGUUGGCAUG